CUUCAGAAACCAUUCUUUGGUGAAAAUGUUAAAGACGUUCUUGUUUGUAGCCUGUAUCGCUAAUGUGCUUCUAGUAGACUCUACUGAAGAAACAUGUGAACAAGAUUCAGACGAUUAUCCAAAUGAAAAUGACUGUGGCUUAAAUGAAGAAUUUUCGGAGUGCCCCGACGGUGCCUGCAGACCCUUAACUUGUGAUGAAGUAGGAUAUCCUGUGCCCUGUGCAGAUAUUAAUCCAGAAAGGGGAUGCCCAAGCGAACCUAAGUGUAUUUGUAAAAGUGGAUUCGUUCUGAAUAACAGCAGCAUUUGUAUACCAAUUAGUGAAUGUCAAAUCCAAUGUAAUAAGAAUGAGGUAUUCGAUUUAUGUCCUGCCCCAUGUCCUCCAAGAAGAUGCGGUAUAGACCCAGCCUUAGUGCUUUGUGCUCCGUCGCCUACAAUCGGAGAUCCAGGUUGCGAGCCCGGCUGUCGAUGUAUUGACGGUUACGUCAGGAAUGAUACAGAUGUUUGUAUUCCGAAAGAAGAAUGUCCUGUGGUGUGUACUGGAGAAAAUGAAGAAUAUGAUAACUGUCCAGCGCCUUGCCCACCACAAACGUGCGACAGUCUUAAAAGAAAAUAUUUUUGUCCCAAACAACGUAUUGUAAACGGAAAAUAUAUCCCAGACUCUAAAAGUGGCCAAAAGUGCGAGGGUUCAUGUCGUUGCAUACCUGGCUAUUAUAGAAACAAACAAGGCAUUUGUAUAUCAAAAGGAAGUUGUAAGUGCGGAGAAUACGAACGAUACGAAGUAUGCCCAUUUGAUACUUGCACUGCAAAAAAUUGUUCUGAACUCGGAUUCGCAAUAGGCUGCCCUGGGCAAACUCAAGACGGUAGUUGUCCUGGUGGUCCGGGAUGUGUCUGUAUCGACGGGUAUUUGAGGAAUGACGUAGGAUCCUGUAUACCACAGUCAGAAUGUGAAACAUGCGGAGGAGAUCCUAACGCAAGAGCCGGUUGUGGGAGUAAUUGUAACAGAAAAUGCUCCGAUAUUGGUGCAAAUGAAACAAAAGCUUGUACUUUAGCUUGCCGUGUCAACGCCUGUGAUUGUAAAGAUGGGUAUUAUCUCGAUGAAAACACCGGAAAAUGUGUGCUUCCUAACGAAUGCCCUUCAAUAUGCGGUCCCGAUGAAGUGUAUUCCGAUUGUACAAACGGCGGUUGUAAUGCGAAAAACUGUACACAAUUAAGCAGACCCGUACCUUGCGUUAAGAUUAAUUCUAAGAAUUGCAAGAAAGGUUGCAUUUGUAAAGAGGGAUACUUACGCGACGAAAACGGCUUAUGUGUUCCUGAACAAUCUUGUCCUCAGUCUUGUAACAAGCCGAACGAAGUUUAUGAGCGGUGUACCUUCGACUGCCCUCCACAGACGUGCGAUAGUCUUGACAAAGCGUAUGAGUGUCCAUUGCAGAAUAACCAAACUUGCGUAGGAAAAUGUAAAUGCAAACCCGGCUACUACAGAAAUUUAAUCGGAGAAUGUAUUUCCGAAGAAGAUUGCCGAAGAUGUCCCGGAAAACAUGAAUAUUAUUCUUGUGGCGGAGCAUGCGACAACAUUUGUGACAAACUAAGCGAAGAGAACCAGACAAGUUGUUCGAUAAUUAAUAUAAAAUGUAAUGAAAUGUGUUACUGCGAGGAAGGCUAUGCACGGAAUAAAAACAAUAUUUGUGUACCUUUUGAUCAAUGCAAUGGUGAGUAUCCAAAAUCACAGAAAUUAAUAUAUAAAUUCCAAAGUAUGUCCAUUAAUUUUCGAUUUGUCUGUUUAAUUAUCGAUUCAGCUUCGAAAUGUACGAAACCAAAUGAAGUAUUCGACGAAUGCCCGAAAACAUGUCCACCCAGAGUAUGUGGCGUAGAUGAACGCACGAUAAGGUGCGCUGCUCCACCCAAGCCUGGGGAUCCUGCAUGCAAGCCGGGAUGUCGAUGUGCUGACAAUUAUUAUCGUAACGAACAGGGUACAUGCGUUACGAAGAAACAGUGCAAAAUCAAAUGUAAUCAGAAUGAGGUAUUCGAUUUAUGUCCUGCCCCAUGUCCUCCAAGAAUAUGCGGUAUAGACCCAGCCACAGUGAAUUGUAUUCCGUCGCCUAAAAUCGGAGAUCCAGGUUGCGAGCCCGGCUGUAGAUGUAUUGACGGUUACGUCAGGAAUAAUACAGAUGUUUGUAUUCCCAGAGAAGAAUCUCCUGUGGUGUGUACUGGAGAAAAUGAAGAAUAUGAUAACUGUCCAGCGCCUUGCCCACCACAAACGUGCGACAGUCUUAAAAGAAAAUAUUUUUGUCCCAAACAACGUAUUGUAAACGGAAAAUAUAUCCCAGACGCUAAAAGUGGCCAAAAGUGCGAGGGUUCAUGUCGUUGCAUACCUGGCUAUUAUAGAAACAAACAAGGCAUUUGUAUAUCAAAAGGAAGUUGUAAGUGCGGAGAAUACGAACGAUACGAAGUAUGCCCAUUUGAUACAUGCACUGCACAAAAUUGUUCUCAACUCGGAUUCGCAAUAGGCUGCCCUGAGCAAACUCAAGACGGUAGUUGUCCUGGUGGUCCGGGAUGUGUCUGUAUCGACGGGUAUUUGAGAAAUGACGUAGGAUCCUGUAUACCACAGUCAGAAUGUGAAACAUGCGGAGGAGAUCCUAACGCAAGAGCCGGUUGUGGGAGUAAUUGUAACAGAAAAUGCUCCGAUAUUGGUGCAAAUGAAACAAAAGCUUGUACUUUAGCUUGCCGUGUCAACGCCUGUGAUUGCAAAGAUGGGUAUUAUCUCGAUGAAAACACCGGAAAAUGUGUGCUUCCUAACGAAUGCCCUUCAAUAUGCGGUCCCGAUGAAGUGUAUUCCGAUUGUACAAACGGCGGUUGUAAUGCGAAAAACUGUACACAAUUAGGCAGACCCGUACCUUGCGUUAAGAUUAAUCCUAAGAAUUGCAAGAAAGGUUGCAUUUGUAAAGAGGGAUACUUACGCGACGAAAAUGGCUUAUGUGUUCCUGAACAAUCUUGUCCUCGUGCGUAUAUGUUGUUGCUUAUCGCUCAUUCAUCAUCAUCAUCAUCAGUCCACAGUCGUCCACUCUUGGACAUAAGCCUGUCCCAAAUUACAUCACUGAGCCCAGUCUUCGACUCUCCUCAUCCACCUCUUUUACCAUCCACCAACCACCAGUCGAUCAUUCAUAUUAAAAGUAUUAGUUAGUUAAGUAAAUUAGGG